GGGCUGCCUGGCAGUGGGAUGGGCUGGCUGAAUCCCUGGGAUCCCAGCCAGAGCCUCACCUGCUCUCUCAUUGCUUUGCAGAACAGGGAAAACCCAUCCUCCUGCCCGGCCUUCAAAGACGUUCCAGGUCCUUGCGACCCAGAGGAUCUGCUGGACGGUGUGAUUUUUGGGGCAAAGUACCUGGGCUCCACGCAGCUGGUCUCAGAGAGGAAUCCCCCGACCAGUGUCCGCAUGGCGCAGGCUCAGGAGGCGGUGGACAGGAUCAAGGCACCGGAGGGGGAGUCCCAGCCCAUGACAGAAGUGGAUCUGUUUGUCUCCACGCAGAGGAUCAAGGUGCUCACGGCUGACACGCAGGAGGCCAUGAUGGAUCACUCCCUCCAGACCAUCUCCUACAUCGCCGACAUCGGCUCCGUCGUGGUGCUCAUGGCUCGCCGGAAGCUGCCUCGGCAGUCGGAGGUGGCAGAGGAAAAGCGACUCUACAAGAUGAUCUGCCAUGUCUUCCACUCGGCUGAUGCCCAGGUCAUCGCUCAGGCUAUCGGGCAGGCAUUUGGCGUGGCCUACCAGCGCUUCCUGGAGGCCAACAGUAUCAACCCGAGCGAGCUGAGCCCUCGCCAGUACAGCCGUGCCCUCGAAGACCAGGAGCAGUACAAUGCGGAGCUGACCCACUUCUCCCGGCAGGAGAACUGCAAGGACGUCUGCAUCCGGAAGCAGAAGGGGGAGAUCCUGGGCAUCGCCAUUGUGGAGUCGGGCUGGGGCUCCAUCCUGCCCACUGUGGUCAUAGCCAACCUGAUGCACGGCGGCCCUGCGGAGAGGUCAGGCGAGCUGAGCAUUGGGGACCGCCUCAUGUCCGUCAACAGGACCAGCCUGGUGGGGCUGCCCCUCACCACCUGCCAGAGCAUCAUCAGGGAGCUGAAGCACCAGACAGAGGUGACGCUGAACAUCGUGCACUGUCCCCCUGUCACCACAGCUGUCAUCCGGCGUCCUGACUCCAAGUACCAGCUGGGCUUCUGUGUUGAGAACGGUGUGAUCUGCAGCCUGAUGCGUGGGGGCAUCGCAGAGAGAGGUGGCAUCCGCGUGGGGCACCGCAUCAUUGAAAUCAAUGGGCAGAGCGUGGUGGCAACACCCCAUGAGAAGAUCAUCCAGAUCCUCACACAGGCGGUCAGUGAGGUCCACAUCAAGACCAUGCCGGCUGCCGCUGCAUGUGCCUGGGACCAGGCAGGAGCAAGCCCAGGGCCGCAAGGGCAGCUCUGCCUCCUGCCCCAGCGCCCUCAUCGGAGCCCGCUGGUCCUCAGCAGGGCCUAA